GAGUGCCCGCAGACGCAUUUCUCUCCAGAGCCCCCCCUUUCACUCUUUCACUCGCUCUCACCCUGUCUAACUCUCUCCAUCUCUCUCCUACUCUCCUCUUUCCACACACACACGCACAUCUACACACACACGGUAUUGUCAACAAAGCUGGAGAACAAGGGACGUUGGGGGACCAGGGGAAUAGAGGUCCACGGAGGAGGCGAGUAACACACACAGGACCCCCUCAUCAUUUCAUCUGGAUGCUUGGAGGUACGAUUUGGAGGAUUGAAGAAGGGAGAGAGGAGCCAAGGUGCCAGUAAACAGGGUCAAACACGCACGCAGGACGGGACUCUUUUAUUUCUCUUCAUGGUGGUUCGGACACUCGUAUUAUGUAUGAGAAGUUAACCAUGCUGAACCUACAGAGCGGCUCUAACUGGAGUGGGCCUAACAACUGGUACCAUGAUCCCACCGCCAUCCAGACGCAACACAGCACAGUGUCUGAGGGAUGUCUGCUGGACACGGAGGGCAGCAUGGGAGCCGAGGCAGGGGGAGGUGGAGCGGGCAGAGUAGGAGGAGGAGUCCCCGUGGAGCGGGAUGAGGGCGAGGAGUCUCAGCUGAGGCUGCAGCUCAAGAGGAAGCUGCAGAGGAACAGGACCAGCUUUACGCAGGAGCAGAUCGAGGCUCUGGAGAAAGAGUUUGAAAGGACGCAUUACCCAGAUGUUUUUGCAAGGGAGAGAUUAGCGAACAAGAUCGAUUUACCUGAGGCCAGGAUACAGGUGUGGUUUUCAAACCGAAGAGCCAAGUGGAGGAGAGAGGAGAAGCUGCGCAAUCAGCGGAGGUCAGGCGGUGUGACUUCUUGCUCGCAGAGCCAAGCCCCCCUGAGCACUUCCUUCAACACGUCUGUCUAUCAUCAGCAGCACAGCAGCAGUUCAGGGUCCAUGUUGAGUCAGGCUGAGUCGUCCCUGCCCAGCUACAGCUCCCUGUCAGUUUUCUCAUCUGGAGUCCAGUCAAUUCCUCCCCAGUCGGCCUCCUCCUACUCCUGCAUGUUACCUCCAUCUCCUUCUGCACCACGCAGCUUUGACUCAUCAGCGUACUCCUCCCCUCAUCUGCAGUCUCCACCCUCGGCCAACUCCAACACGGUGACUGGGAUGGAGUUUUGCCUUCUGCUGUUAAUGAUAUGGACCUUUACGAGAAGCACAUCAGCAGAGCCUGACCAAUACAGCAGAGCCGUGGACUGGCUCGGUAGGUAUGGGUACCUUCCUCGUCCUGACCCACAUACAAGUCAGCUGCUGACCAAAGAAGGGAUUGAAGAAGCUGUUCGUAUUAUGCAGAGAUUCGGAGGGCUCCGGGAAACUGGGAAGCUUGACUCGGAAACGCUCAAACUAAUGUCUAAACCACGAUGCUCUCUUCCUGAUAUUGUCGGAAGAGAUGACAUACUGAGGAGGAGAAGGAGGAGGAAAAGAUAUGCACUAUCAGGCCUAAAGUGGGAUAAGACAGAUCUCACAUGGAGUAUCCACAGCUACCCAAAUCCCUCCACCUCCCCUGGCUUGGCUAACAAUGUAGUGGAAAACCUCCUGACUCAUGCCUUCAAAGCCUGGAGUGACGUGGCCCCCUUGAAUUUCCGUCAGCUGAGGAGAGACAGCAGUGGGGCCACAGCUAAAGGGGACAUCAAAGUGUCUUUUGACAGCAUGUUUCACGACGAUGGCUACCCUUUUGAUGGGCAAGGUGGCACUCUGGCCCAUGCCUUUUUCCCAGGAACACUUGACAUAUCUGGUGAUACACACUUUGAUGACGAUGAGAUCUGGAGCUACGCAGGUGAUAGCAGAAGCACGGACUUGUUCACAGUUGCAGUGCACGAGUUUGGCCAUGCACUGGGCCUUUCUCAUUCCUCCUCUGAUCCAUCCAUCAUGAGGCCGUACUACCAGGGUCCCGUGGAAGACAUUGCCCACUUUAAACUGGCCAUGGAUGACAGGCUCGCCAUCCAGCAGCUUUACGGUGUGAAAGAUACUGACCGACCAGGUGGUGAUGAUCCCGACCUCCCACGCCUGCCCAGUCCACCUCCACCGAGGACAACACAGCAUUCUGAUCCUUCAUUUGAAGAGCGGUGUCAGGGAGGCUUUGAUGCUAUAGGAAAUAUUAGGGGAGAGGUCUUCUUCUUUAAAGGUGCACAGUUCUGGAGAACCCAGCGAGAUGGGUCUUUGGUGUCCUUAAAUCCGGCUCAGAUCAAAAACUUCUGGAUCGGCCUUCCAGAAGGAACAAACAAGAUCGAUGCUGUGUAUGAGAGGAAGAGGGACAGUAGGAUCAUCUUCUUCAUUGGAUCUCAGUACUGGGUCUUCAAGGACACACAGGCUAUGACCGGUUACCCUCGGCCUCUCUCUGACUGGGGCAUGAGGAAGACGUCGGGUGAGAUGGUGAACAGGGUAGAUGCGGCUUUCAUCUGGGCUCAUAACGGGAAAACAUACCUGUUCAGCGGAGGGGAGUUUUGGAGGUUUAACGAAAACAUUGAGAAUGGACAAAUGACCAUGCAGCCAGAGCAAGGAUAUCCACGGGAAAAUACCCUAUGGGAAGGAAUGCCUACCCAUAUGGAUGGCAUCAUUAGCUGGGGAGAAGGAAAUACCUAUUUCUUUAAGGACAAUUCCUACUGGGUGCUCACAAAUGGAGGCAUGAACCAAGAUGAUGUCACUUCAAAAUCCAUCGCUGUAGACUGGCUUAGGUGUCCAGCUCCUCCUUCAGUCUCCACUCCAACAAAUCCUCGAUUCCCAAAAACAUGCACCUGCAACUUUUCGGGAUCGUCUUCAUCGCUGAGAAGCAGCUCUCUCCUCUUGAUUUUUGUUAUGCUGCUAAUCAAUGAGUUUAAAAGAAACAUGAGUUUGUAAUUUUCUUGAGUCGAUGUUUACCUCUCCCUUUUUUCCACUGUUAUUAAUAGAUAGACUUUAUGUCAUCAUAAACUCACUGAAAUCUACUACCUACACAGUAGUUUCAAAUUGAGUCACAGUGGCAUGAAAAGCCUCUCUUAAACCCCCUGGAUUUCUAUAAAUACAUUUUGUCAUUUGAAACAUAUCGCUACAUUUUUGUAUUGAAUUCCACAGAGCCAGUAUAGAAUAAUGUCAUGACAUUUAACACCACGAUCCAGCAUACAGGCUGCUUCCUCAUAACAAGGUCUUAUGUAACCACCUUGUGUUUGGAUGAUAAAAAGGUAAAUCAGACAUACUUAACAGCAA